AUGAGCUCCAGCCAGACAGGGGCCUGCCCGUGCCAGGGUUCUGCCAGCCGCCCAGCCAUCCUGUAUGCACUCCUGAGCCCCAGACUUAGGGCCAGGCCCUCUGUCCCCCCACCUCGCAGCCACUGCCUGUGCCGGCAACACAGGCCCGUCCGCCUGAGUACUCCCCACCGUACCUGCCAGGAGGCCCUAGAUGUCCUGGCCAAGACAAUGGCCUUCCUCAGGAACCUGCCAUCCUUCUGCCAGCUGCCCCCCCAGGAUCAGCGGUGGCUGCUGCGGGACUGCUGGGGCUCCCUCUUCCUGCUUGGGUUGGUCCAAGACACUGUGACCUUCGAGGUGGCAGAGGUCCCAGCGCCCAGCAUACUCAAGAAGAUUCUGCUGGAGGAGCCAGGUGGCAGUGGCGGCAGUAGUCAGCUGCAGGACAGGCCCCAGCCCUCGCUGGCUGCAGUGCAGUGGCUUCAGUGCUGCCUGGAGUCCUUCUGCAAUCUGGAGCUGGGUCCCAAAGAGUAUGCCUUCCUGAAAGGGACCAUCCUCUUCAACCCUGACGUUCCAGGCCUCUGCGCCUCCUCUCAUAUUGGGUACCUACAGAAGGAGGCUCACCAGGCGUUGUGUGAGGUGCUGGAGCCCUGGUGGCCAACAGGUCAAGAUCGACUGGCCCACAUUCUCCUCAUGGCCUCCACCCUGAGGUCCAUUCCGCCUGACCUGCUUGUGGACCUCUUCUUCCGCCCUAUCAUUGGAGACGUCGACAUCACUGCCUUCCUUGAGGACAUGCUUGUGCUGAACUGA